AUGUCGGAAACUGCGUGCGGCCAUACUUGGGGGCAUUCUAGCGAGACGUAUAUACAAGGCAAUAAAUCACGGUGGGCUGGAGAGGGGGUGGAUGUAGCAAAUAUUCAAUAUAAUUGGACGGGGGUGGCCCUGGGGGUGGAACCAUCAAUAACUUGCGGGCCUAGUGGCAGAAUAUUAUCUCUGCCCAGGAAACCCCAAUCGGCAAAACGACCAGCCCACCGGAACCUGGAGGAUUUGUAUCACCACACAUCCCCGGCCUUCUCCUUUUUUUUUUUUCUUUUUUAUCAGUUCCCAUUUAUCACUGCUCCUUCUUGGAGCGGGAUUCCGAAGGCUCAAGUACGAGGAAGAUACGGCCCAUCGAAUGGCCCUGCGAUGGACAUAGGUCAUCCCUAUAUCCCGUACCAACAAGCUACCCAAGAUAUCGCUAUAAUCUGGAAUACCCUAUAA